GGUAGCAGCGGCUAUGGCGGAGGUGGCGGCUGUGGCAGUUCGCAGUGUCGACAGUGCGUUGACUUGUGUUGCCCUUUUGGGUCAGCCGAACACAAGCAGGCCAGAUGAAGGUAGCCAGAGAGCGAAGAAACGAAAGAGCGGAGGCAACAUGGGAAAUAUACAAUGUAUGAUUCCUGUUGGAAUUUCUCUGCGUUAGCCAGAACGGAUUGACUGGGAAGUGCAGUUGAGCGGCGGCGCUCAGCUGAGUGCGGCACGAUGGAGUGUGAACAGACGGAAGGUUACCGGCAGCGGUGGUGCAAAGGCGACGCUCGUCUCGUAUUUCUGCUUUCCUUCAGCUGCGUUGGUUCACACGAUCGAUCGAUGAAUGGUUGGAUGGUUAGUUGGCUGCUAUUGCUGGCUGACUGGCUGCUCGGUCUGCCCCUUGUGGAUGGUUGAUGUAUAAAAACGUACGGAUGCAAGCGCAACAGCAUCAGUUCAUCAACAACUUUCACAGUGCGAACACGCGAAGCGAGCAGUCAAAAAUAAUAUCGAAGAGCUGUAAUUAAACGAACUCGAACACGAAACAGGCAUUGAAGAAUAAUUCGGAAUACGACUUUAAAGACACGAAAAAUAAGGAAAUAAACAUUUUGCAAAAAUGUACACCGACACAAAGAAUCUUGCCCAUCAGCUGGCGGAUAUGAGUCUCACAGCAAACGCAAGCACAACUUUACCACCCACCACCGCGCCAGCGGAGAAGUCAAAGCGAAAGCUUUGUAAAUUGUGGCGUCCCCUUUUGCGUCUGAUGGCAGCACGCAAGCGCAGCAACACAACAAACGGAAACAGUGGAAAUAUCUCCAGUUUACAACACCCAAACAAUGUGCAUCUUAACAAUGCCACUACAGCGGCGAAAGCGCACACCACCGCCCACACCGCCACCACCUGCCCUGGUGAGGAGUGGCCCACCACGCUAAUCGAAGACUAUGCCAGUCUGAUGCGCAAAAUGAGCUGCAAAGAGGAGUGCAAUCAUGGCGCGUGGGAGACAACAGCGACAGGCACAACCAGCACCACCAUGCAACGCGCAUGGGAGCGCCCCUGUCAGGCGAGUGCCAAAUUUGCAACAACAGUUAUCAGCAGCGCUAGCAUCGAAAAGACACCGCCCAGCACGUGUGCGCACUGUGUCUAUGGGCGAAAUUGUCAGCACGAGCAAUUUCAUCAUCACAUCUGCGAUGCAGCGGCGACACAAGCCUCAACCACAACCACAACCGCAACCGCAACCGCAACGCCAGCGGCCGCAAACACAGUGGCUGGCACAGUAGUAGCUGCUUCACACCACUUACCCGCUGUGACAGACGCCGCGGCGUUGCUGAGUCAGCACGCGCUCGCCGCCGACCUGCCCAUUCAAUUUAUUCACACCGAAGAUGGCACCUUCUUCUGGACGAACACGCAUGAGAAAAUCGACGAUGACCUGUUGACAGCGUGGCUGUGUCAGAGUUGGCGUCAGCUGCCUGUGCCGGCUGCAGUGCUGUGAGCGGUGGUGGUGUUAAUAGCGCCACAUUAAGCUUUCAUUUGUGUGCCUUUCCUGUAUACUUUCGUGCUGUGUUAGCUGAGAGGCAAGCGGCACUAUUCGUUACAUUCAUCAGGGAUCUCAUUGUUAUUUAGUUUAAAUUAUUUUAUUCACUUACUUAAGUAUAUGUAUGUAUGUAAUAGUAUGUAAUGCUUACUACAUUUUAUUUAACAAAACAAAAGAAAUAUGAAGCGGAUGGGGAGGGGUGAAAGUAACCACAUAUUUACAAUGCACAUAAGAAUGCCUCUUUGCAAUAUAAUUAUUUGUGAUAUGCUUUAACUAUUUUUUUCAUGGAAAUUUUAACGUAGUUUUCGAAAAAAAAAUAUAUACAACAAUAAAACCAGUGGAAAAAAG